UCUAAAAAGGAAUUCCUAAAGAAGAAUAAGACUAGAAAAUGUUUUACAUAUUAUUCCUUUUUAGGAUUUAAAAUCAUCAAAACUCUUUUUGUAUUUCUUUUGAAACUAUACUUCAACUUUCACAGUUUUUAUCAUUUUGCCUUUACAGACAGUCUGCAUCUUUCUGCCAUUUUCCUUCACAGGAGCUUCUUUUCUGUACAUAUAUGAGUACAUCAAGGAUCUAAUUGUUGUUCUUUGUUUUUUUUUUUGGAUGUUUUUAAGAUAUUUGGGUCUGUAUGUUAAGAGUUCAAUGACUGAAAAUGGCGAAUGAAAAUUUCACUGUGAACAAGAUAGACAGUUUUAUAAUCACUGGAUUUGAUCACCUGCAGAACCAAAAGCUCCUCGGAUUCCUCAUCUUAAUAACCUACAUGCUCAUAUUGCUUGGGAACAGCAUCAAUCUGUGCAUCAUUGUGACUGACAGACAUUUACACAAACCAAUGUACAUAUUAAUCUGUAAUCUAGCUGUUGUUGACAUAAUGUUCUCCUCAACCUGCAGCACAACUAUGAUCUCAGUGCUGCUGGCUGAGAUUAAAACUGUCUCAUACUACUCUUGUAUCUCAAGGAUGUACUUCUAUAAUCUUGGUGAUUUCACAGAGUGCAUGGCUCUGACAUUAAUGGCAAUUGACAGACUUAUUGCGAUUAGGCUUCCUUUAAGGUAUCACAGCAUUGUAACAAAUUCACGAACAUUUGUUCUUAUUUUUCUAACCUGGGUCAUUGGUUUCGCUAUAUUAGGUUUUUUGACAUCUGUGGUAGACAAUCUCCCAUACUGUCAGCCUGUUAUCAGAUAUGUGUUCUGUGGGUAUCCUUCCAUGAUCAGAGCUGCUUGUGUUGAUGCUGAACCAUAUUUUACCCCAUCUACAAUAUUAAGUGUGUGGAUGUUGUGUGGUCAGUUUCCUUUUAUUAUGUGCACCUAUGGUGUUCUGGCAUAUAGUGUGUCUAAACUCUCCAAUAAUGCAAGCAGAAAGCAAAUGAUCAACACUUGUUUGAGUCACCUCAUUGUCCUGGUUAGCUAUUUUGCACCAAAGCUGGUCACUGCAUUAUUAACUCGAAUAGGAGUUGUGCUUGCUUUAACAGAGAGAAAUGCAUUGUCGAUAAUAGCCUCUGUAGUUCCUCCCUUAAUAAACCCCACUGUUUAUUGUACCAGGACUAAAGAGAUCAGAAAGCGAAUAGUAGGUGAGUUCAGUGACUGA